AUGGGAACAUCGAAUGAGUGUUUGUUUCGAUUUCGAAGCCCGAUGGGUUUCUUCAACAGUCCGAGAUAUCCAGCCAAUUAUCCGUUGGACACCAAUUGCACGUACUUUAUCGAAGGUGAAGUCGGUCAACAGAUCCUUAUACAUUUCGAGCAAUUCGCGCUAUAUGUAGAGCAGGGAGGCGAACGGUAA